AUUUCGGUCGUGUUUAUCAGUUUUUGCCGAAAAAUUGCGUUUUCCGUCAGAGUAAUUUUAUCAACUACUAAGUGAGUCGAAAGUUUUUGGAUAAUUAAAUAAAAUCAUGACUUUGAUGCGUGCAUAUUAUAUGUAACAGAGCCAUAAAAGUGUUAAAACGCUAAGAAAUUUCUGUCAUUUGUAUAAUUGUGAGCGAUAAUUCAGCCUUCUGCGUUUCAGCUCACCGACGAUCAUCUAGAAAGAUGUCAUUUAAUCAAACCGAGCCUGGUAGUAAAAGAUUGAAAAUGGAAGCAGCAGUACCCAAUCCUGAGAAAAGAUUACCAACUGAACCUCCGGCUGGUAUUCCAAUGCAACUAGAUCCAUAUCGUAUAAAAGAAAUGAUGGCACAAGCUAAGCAGCAAAUUGCUCAGAGAAAAUCUCAACUAAACAUAAAUAACUUAAAUACAGGACAAAAUAAGCAGAGCACCAGAGCAACAGAGUUACAAGCUAAAAUUGCUGAAAAAAUGAAUGCCCUGGUUAACUCGGGAGAUAUUGUUUUAAAUACAAGGCCUUCAACGAAACUAAUUCUUGAUGCCGAAGGAAGAACUAUAGACCUGAAUACGGGAGCUUUAGUUCAAUUGAAUCAGGCUGCUCCUACAGUUAAAGCUAACAUAAGAGUAAAUAAAAAGAAAGAAGUUCCUGAAGAUCGAAAGAAAAAAGCGUUUUCCCCUAGCCCAGCUCCCAGUCCUCUUCCUACAGAGGCUAAAUUUACUGAUCCUCGACUUGCUAUAAAACCAGCAAAUCGUAUAAAAAGAAGCUUCAAAUUUCACGAACAAGGAAAAUUUGUGAAAGAAGCUCAAAAAGCUAGGGCAAAAGCCCAAUUAGAACGUUUACAAAGUGAUAUUUCUCAAACUGCCCAAAAAACAGGCAUAGCAUCUGCCGCGAAGUUGGCUGUCAUUCAACCAAGAGUAGUUCAAAGUACUGCUGUUCCAGAUAUAGAAUGGUGGGAUAGUUUAGUAAUACAGAAAGAAGAGUAUCCGGAAUCUUUGGAUGACCUUUCAAUCAAUGAUACCCUUACACGAUUAGUAGAGCAUCCAAUUCAAGCAGAGCCUCCUACAGCUCCAUUGGAGGAAACCCCUAUUAAGUUAUUUUUAACAACCAAAGAACGAAGAAAGUUAAGACGACAAACUAGAAUGGAAGCUCAAAAAGAGUUACAAGAAAAAGUAAGAUUAGGAUUAUUACCACCUCCAGAACCAAAAGUUCGGUUAGCCAACUUAAUGAGAGUUUUGGGAACUGAAGCUGUCCAGGAUCCGACUAAAGUAGAAGCCCAUGUAAGAGCACAAAUGGCAAAGAGAGUACGACAACAUGAAGAAAAUAAUGCCGCAAGAAAACUGACACCUGACCAAAGAAGGGAUAAGAAAAUUAGGAAGCUGCAAGAGGAUACAAGUUUAGGUGUUCAAGUGGCAAUAUAUCGAGUGAAAAAGCUCAACAAUCCUGCCCAUAAAUUCAAGGUUGAAACCAACGCUCGUCAAUAUAUGAUGACCGGAAUUGUUCUUUUACAUCAUGAGUGUAAUGUAGUUAUUGUUGAAGGAGGCCCUAAACAGCAAAAUAAAUAUAAAAGACUAAUGCUUCAUAGAAUUAAAUGGAGUCAGGAUGAGGAUGAAGAGGAAGAGAAGAGAAACGGAUGUCGUUUAGUUUGGGAAGGCACAAGCACAAAUAGAAAUUUCGGAGAUGUUACUUUCAAACUCUGUUCUACAGAAAACGUUGCAAGAGAAACGCUAAAGAAAAAGGGAGUUGAAUACUAUUGGGAUCUAGCCUACUCCGGCGCUGUUCUAGAACAAACGACUACAUAAAAUAACAUGUUUAACAAAUUUUUUGGAAUUUUAUAUACCAAGAAUUGUAUAAUUAGCUUAUACCUAAUGACUCAUUUGCAUAUAAAGUUGUCGUAGUCGAUAUCAGUUCUCUUCUAUAGAAUAAAGAGUAAUUUCUAAAAUUGUUCAAGACGUAUGAAUACUUUUAAUAUUAU